AAAUGAGCAUGGCUCGGAACCCCCUAUAAAUCUUCAGGGUUAUGUGCUCGGGAACCCUUUCACUAAUGCCAGGAUCGAUUUCAACUCACGUGUUCCAUUCGCUCGUGGAAUGGGACUGAUCUCCGACGAGCUCUACGAGUCGUUGAAGACAUCUUGUCAUGAGGAUUAUAUAGACGUGGACCCGAACAACUUAGAGUGCUCGAGAUGCAUGAAACGUUAUCAUGAGUGUGUUUCAGGGAUCAACAAAGCACUUAUUCAGAGUCUAUCUUGCAAUGUUUCGAUCCCGAAGCCGUCUUCCUCGGAGUAUACACGAAGGCGAUACCUUGGAGAUUUCCCCGACACCGAUCUCUCUUUCACGCCUUCUAGCUGCUAUAAAUACAGAUUAAUCCUAUCCAUUUACUGGGCGAACGAUGAAAAUGUACGUAGAGCACUUCAUGUUGUCAAGGGAAGUAUUAGAAAAUGGGUACGGUGUAAUUGGGAUUUACCUUACGUCAAAGAUAUCGAGAACAGCAUACCGUACCAUAUGAACAACAGCAUCAAAGGAUAUCGAUCUCUAAUCUACAGCGGAGAUCAUGACAUAAAUAUACCGUUCUUGGGGACUCAAGCAUGGAUAAGAUCUCUCAACUUCUCCGUCAUCGACGACUGGAGGCCGUGGAAGAUCGAUGGCCAAGUCGCCGGGUACACGAGGACGUAUGCAAACAACAUGACAUUUGCCACCAUCAAGGGAGGAGGGCACACGGCGGAGUAUACGCCGGAGAAAUGCAGUGUUAUGUUCCAAAGGUGGGUAAGCUUCAAGCCUCUGUAAAGAUACCGUAUUUACAAAUAUAUCUUUGAAUUUAUGUAAUUUGAAAAACUGCCCCGUAUUUUCCAGUAAUUUAUUGUUUCUGCCCAA